AUGUUUUGUCUCUUGGAGUCUGGCAUAAAUUUGAAAUGGAGCGAUGCUCCUUUGUAUCUUGACCACCAAUCUUCCCCCAACUCCCUGAGGCCUAACUCUAAUGUCGCAUAUAUGCUUUUACCUGAUUCAUUUCGAUAUUUGGAACCAUGUUGGUCUUCCCCGAAUCAACCUGUUAAAUUAAUAACCGGAAAACUUGAAGAAAUAUGGUACCAUUUGUUUGAGCCUUUGAGUAUAUCGCUCCACGAUUAUUCGAUCGCCAUCUCGUUGCCACCAACUUUCUAUAUUGAUUGCCAUCUAAUUACCUCCAAGAACGACUGUGAAGCUGCCAGAGUCGAUCUGGUUCUCGCAUCCAGGCGGCGCCAUCAAUCAGUACAAAAACCAGGUGUCCACACUUGUAAGGAGGUCAUCUCCCCUCACUUCAACAAGCACCCUCACAAUCUCAUUCAGUCUGAAGCCAUAUCCACCAUUGCCUAUCCCCUAGCUUUUCAUAAAAAUGGCGAUAAUCGCCGUGCUCGCCGUUCUUGCCUCACUGGCCCUCUGGCAAACGUAGCAAUUGCGUCUGGGAAUAUAAUCCUAGAUGCUGCUAUUGUGGCGAGAUGGAAUUCUUGGCUAAGUGCUAGAUUACUUGGUUUUACUGCGAGGGCGAUCUUAGACGCUAUGAUUGUGAGUGACCUGUUCAGCGGUGGAGAUGAGAGUAGAGAUAGUGGGCUAAUAUGGUCAAUUUCUAGCUUCAAAUAUUUGGAUCCGCGCCAUCUUCAUUCAAUAACUCCCAGAUUAUAUCUCAAAGAAAAUAAGAAAAUGGCGUUCAUAUAUCUCAACCCCUCUCUUCCUUCCAUAAAGACAAUCGCUUUUUUUUGUUAUUCUUCCAUCUUAUAUCAGCAUGCAGUGGUCGUAAUAUUGGCCGAGUCAAUUUAG